CAGUCACCCUGAACUGGUCCCCGGGUCCUCAGCCUGGGAUCACCCCUUGAGAAGGACCCCAGAGUCCUCGGCAUCUAGCCCGCCCCCCAAGGCAGGGCAUUCAAGGGGUUAAGUCCCCUGGGGCUGGAUUCUGCCUUCCGGCCUUUCCCAGACCCUAGAGCCGGUCCCUGGAUCACCAGGCAGUCCUGAGCUCUGGGAUGGAGCCUGAAGCAGCAUUGUGGGGCCCAGAUCUGCAGGGUCCUGAACAGAGCCCCAACGAUGCUGACAGAGGUGCCGAGAGUGGGAACGAAGAGGAGAGCCCUCAGCAGGAAAGUUCUGGGGAGGAGAUCAUCUUGGGAGAUCCAGCUCAGAGUCCAGAAUUCAAGGACCCACCAGAGAUGCCCCUUGAGAGACCCUCCCAGGAUCCCUCAGUCCCCCAGGACCCCCCAACCCCACUGGGUCACCCCAACCCCUUGGACCACCAGACCCCUCUGGACACCCCCACCCCCGAGGUAGUGCCAGCCCCGUCUGACUGGACCAAGGCCUGUGAGGCCAGUUGGCAGUGGGGGACUCUGACCACGUGGAACAGCCCUCCGGUGGUCCCGGCCAAUGAGCCUAGCCUGCGGGAGCUGGUGCAAGGCCGCCCAUCCGGGGCUGAGAAGCCCUAUAUCUGCAACGAGUGCGGCAAGAGCUUCAGCCAGUGGUCCAAGCUGCUGCGGCACCAGCGCAUCCACACAGGCGAGCGGCCCAACACCUGCUCCGAGUGCGGCAAGAGCUUCACGCAGAGCUCGCACCUGGUGCAGCACCAGCGCACGCACACCGGCGAGAAGCCCUACAAGUGCCCCGACUGCGGGAAGUGCUUCAGCUGGAGCUCCAACCUGGUGCAGCACCAGCGCACGCACACGGGCGAGAAGCCCUACAAGUGCACGGAGUGCGAGAAGGCCUUCACCCAGAGCACCAACCUCAUCAAGCACCAGCGCUCCCACACGGGCGAGAAGCCCUACAAGUGCGGCGAGUGCCGGCGGGCUUUCUACCGCAGCUCGGACCUCAUCCAGCACCAGGCCACCCACACAGGCGAGAAGCCCUACAAGUGCCCCGAGUGCGGCAAGCGCUUCGGCCAGAACCACAACCUCCUCAAGCACCAGAAGAUCCACGCCGGUGAGAAGCCCUACCGCUGCACCGAGUGUGGCAAGAGCUUCAUCCAGAGCUCCGAGCUGACCCAGCACCAGCGCACGCACACGGGUGAGAAGCCCUACGAGUGCCUCGAGUGCGGCAAGAGCUUUGGCCACAGCUCCACCCUCAUCAAGCACCAGCGGACUCACCUGCGCGAGGACCCCUUCAAGUGUCCGGUGUGCGGCAAGACCUUCACGCUGAGCGCCACGCUGCUGCGGCACCAGCGCACGCACACGGGAGAGCGGCCCUACAAGUGCCCGGAGUGCGGCAAGAGCUUCAGCGUCAGCUCCAACCUCAUCAACCACCAGCGCAUCCACCGCGGCGAGCGGCCCUACAUCUGUGCGGACUGCGGCAAGAGCUUCAUCAUGAGCUCCACUCUCAUCCGCCAUCAGCGCAUCCACACCGGCGAGAAGCCCUACAAGUGCUCCGACUGUGGCAAGAGCUUCAUCCGCAGCUCCCACCUCAUCCAGCACCGACGCACCCACACAGGCGAGAAGCCCUACAAGUGCCCCGAGUGUGGCAAGAGCUUCAGCCAGAGCUCGAACCUCAUCACCCAUGUGCGCACCCACAUGGAUGAGAACCUCUUCGUGUGCUCCGACUGCGGGAAGGCCUUCCUGGAGGCGCACGAGCUGGAGCAGCAUCGGGUGAUCCACGAAAGGGGGAAGACUCCAGCUCGAAGAGCUCAGGGCGACAGCCUGCUGGGGCUUGGGGACCCCGCCCUGCUGACCCCACCCCCAGGAGCCAAACCACACAAGUGUCUCGUCUGCGGAAAAGGAUUCAAUGAUGAGGGCAUUUUCAUGCAGCAUCAGAGGAUCCAUAUUGGAGAAAACCCCUAUAAAAAUUCAGAUGGCCUCAUCGCACACCCAGCCCCUAAACCUCCUCAGUUGCGACCCCCCAGGCUCCCUUUUGGAGGGAAUUCCUAUCCAGGUGCUGCAGAGGGCAGAGCUGACCCCCCAGGCCAGCCUUUUAAAAUGCCUGAGGGGCAGGAGAGCUUCAGCCAAAGGCUGGGGCUGCUCUCCUCCAAGUCCUACAUUUGUUCCCACUGUGGAGAAAGCUUUCUGGAUCGUGCUGUGCUCCUUCAACAUCAGCUCACACACGGCAACGAAAAGCCCUUUCUCUUUCCUGAUUAUAGGAUUGGCCUAGGGGAAGGGGCAGGGCCCAGUCCCUUCCUAAGUGGAAAGCCCUUUAAAUGCCCUGAAUGCAAAAAAAGCUUUGGCCUCAGCUCUGAGCUGCUGCUGCACCAGAAAGUCCAUGCAGGUGGGAAACCCCAGAAGAGUCCAGAGCUGGGGAAGAGCUCUUCUGUCCUCCUGGAGCAUCUCAGGAGCCCCCUGGGGGCCAGACCCUACAGCUGCUCAGAUUGUGGGGCCUCCUUCCUGGAUCGCCUGGCCCUCAUCCGGCACCAGGAGACCCACACCCAAGAAAAGUCCCCCAGACCCAAGGACCCCCUUCCAGAGCCAGCCACCCUGUCCACAAGCCAGGAAGGUGAGGGAGAGGCCCCCACUCCCACAGGGAGCAGCAGCCAUGGGGAUGGGGAAAAUCCCAAAACCCUCUUGGAGGAAAAGCCCUAUUUAUGCCCCGAGUGUGGAGACAGCUUCACAGAAGUCGCAGCCCUCCUCCUCCAUAGGAGCUGCCACCCAGGGGUCUCCCUGUGAAAUGGGUCUGGAGACCAGGGGCCUCUCUCUCUUGAGAGGAACACUGGAUCGCCCCAAAAAUUAUGUGGGGAAAGGAGGAAAACCCUAUCAGAUUGUAGAGAAGCAGAGGAUAAAGAACCCUGGGUAAAAAUAGUGCUUUUACAUCAGUGAUGAGAAACCCUAUAAAAUUGUUGGUGGGAACCACUUAUAAGGCAGUAGAGAAAAACUCUUGGGUUAGAAACCCUAUAAAUAUGUAGGAAAAAAAAAGCCCUUUAAGUCUGUAGCAGAAAAACCCUAUAAAUUAUAGUGGAUAAAAGCCCUGUUAAUUGUAGAAAGAGGUCCCAAUAUGUGUCUAGACACCCCUAUAAAACUGUAUUGAAAUCCUUAUGACACUCUAGGGUCGGGGAAGUGCAGGGAAUACAAUAAUGGCAUUGACUUGGGAGGCGUGACCCUCAGAAGGUAUAGAAGAACCUCCCGUGAACUUGUUCCACAUGUUCUCCCACUGGAGUACGGGAGGGAACCUUUCUCCCAGAAGCCUUGGACAAUUACACUGAGGAAAAUGCUCAGCUGGGGAAUAGUGUGGGGUUUGGGUGGAACUGGAAGAGGAGG